CGUGAGCCAGCCAAUGGGAGCGUGUGUCACACGUGUUCCGCGCGCUUAUUGGAUAGACCCUGGAGAGCUCGCGCACGACCGAGCCCCUCGCGUGCGGGCCAUGAGCCCCCCAUAAAGUCUCCAGGACGCAUUGUGCGUGAGUUUGGCGUGAGCGCGGUCAGACGGCCGGAUCAGAGCCUGAGGAUGCCCACCGGCCCCCUGGAGAGAGCGGCCGCCGCGCCGGAGAGCGCGCGCGCCUCGUCUGAGAGCAGGAAGUCCUCCAAACCCAUCAUGGAGAAGCGCAGACGCGCGCGCAUCAACGAGAGCCUGACGCAGCUGAAGGGCCUCAUCCUGGACGCGCUGAAGAAAGACAGCUGCAGACACUCCAAACUGGAGAAGGCGGACAUCCUGGAGAUGACCGUCAAGCACCUGAGGAGCCUGCAGCGUCUGCACAUGACCGCUGCGGUGCACUCAGACCCAUCCGUCUUGAGCAAGUACAGAGCCGGAUUCAGCGAGUGUGUCGGAGAGGUAACCCGCUUCCUGUCGUCGUGUGAAGGGGUGGACUCAGAGACGAGGACCCGCCUCCUCAGCCACCUGGCCUCCUGCGUGAGCCAGAUCAACGCUGUGAACGUGUGUGGACCGCAUCUGGGUGUACCAGGACAGAGCGGUGGCCAGGUUCCUGUGCCCAAAAGCUGCUCCCAGAUUCCUGCACCCACAGAGACUAUGAAGCUGUUCGCCGGCUUCCAGGUGGUGCCCUCUCCUGAUGGACAGUUUGCGCUCCUCGUUCCCAGUGCAGGUCUCACCCCACUGAGCGUGCACAGCAGCAGAGCGACAGCCGCUGCUCCCGCCCUCACCUCAGACUGUGUGUGGAGGCCGUGGUAGAGCCACACUCUCAAAUAUGUGAAUAGUCUUAUUUAGACACUUCUUUGUUGUUUUUGUUAGAGGUGUGUUUUCUUUUUUCUUUUUGAUGCAGUGCAGUUCAUGAAAGUCAGCAGUGAAAUAAAGCGUUUUGAUGU